GGCUUCAGAGAGAGGUGGGGUGGGGGGCAGGUCAGCAUCCAUGCCUGGAGACAAGGCCACCAAGAGGGGGCACAGGAGCUGGGUGCAGUGCCGGAGUGGCCCAGGGGUCCUCAGUCCACCUCAACUGUUUUCCAUCUGCGUCUGGUGAGGAUUGCAAGGGUGUCUGCCUGGGUGGGUUGGCAUUGCAUCAGGUCUGCCUGGGAAGGGAUGAGGGCCCCAGUGAGAAGCUGGGCCCCCCCGCUGGGCCCAGGCAGCCUGUGAGCCAGCAGCCAUCACCCGAGACAUAAUUGGAACCCGGAGGAAUGUUGCCAGCCUCCUUCCUCCUGCACAGGCACCUCUCCCGGGGACACACCCCUCCCAGCUCUGGGUAGGAGUGCGUCAGCUUCGGCAGCAUCUUCACGGCUGCACACCUGUCAGGAAGGGGGUCUGGAAGUUGGUGAGGGUCUCAGCACAGGACUAGCUCCUUCCAAACUGAUGUUGCCUCCUGGGUUGUCUGGGGAGACCCUGACAGGCAGCUCCCCCUACGUCCGAAGCCCUCAUCACUUGCUUUCCCAUGUGAGCAAAACCACGGAGGCCAAGCUCCUCUUCCCUGAUCAGAGAGGGCCUGCGGAGGAUGGGGCUCCAGGAGCCCCACCACGUGUUCACAGGGGACCUGUCAGGCUUCACAGAAUGUCCACUUGCUCUGCAGAGAUGACGGAUCCUUUCUGUGUUGGAGGCCGUCGGCUCCCAGGGUCCAGCAAGAGUGGUCCUGGGAAGGAUGGCGGCCGAAAGGAGGUCCGACUGCCGAUGCUGCACGACCCACCAAAGAUGGGGAUGCCGGUGGUCCGUGGUGGACAGACAGUGCCCGGCCAAGCUCCUCUCUGCUUUGACCCAGGAAGUCCAGCCAGCGACAAGACAGAAGGGAAGAAAAAGGGGCGGCCAAAAGCUGAGACCCAGACCCUCCGAGACAUUCCUCUCUCCCUGAUGAAUGACUGGAAGGAUGAGUUCAAGGCACACUCGAGGGUGAAGUGUCCAAACUCGGGGUGCUGGCUGGAGUUCCCCAGCAUCUACGGGCUCAAGUACCAUUACCAGCGGUGCCAAGGGGGUGCCAUCUCAGAUCGGCUGGCCUUCCCCUGCCCCUUCUGCGAGGCCGCGUUCACCUCUAAGACCCAGCUGGAGAAACACCGGACUUGGAACCACGUGGACCGGCCCCUGCCUGCCCCCAAGCCUGGGCCUAUCAGCCGGCCGGUCACCAUCAGCCGGCCCGUUGGGGUCAGCAAGCCCAUCGGAGUGAGCAAACCCGUCACUAUCGGCAAACCCGUGGGUGUCAGCAAACCCAUAGGCAUCAGCAAGCCGGUCUCGGUCGGCAGGCCCAUGCCGGUCACCAAGGCCAUGCCGGUCGCCAGGCCCGUGCCGGCCACCAAACCUGUCACCAUCAGCAGGCCCAUGCCGGUCACCAAGGCCAUACCGGUCACCAGGCCCGUGCCGGCCACCAAACCCAUCACAGUCACCAAGUCUGUGCCGGUCACCAAACCUGUACCUGUCACCAAACCCAUUACGGUCACAAAGCUUGUGACAGUCACAAAACCCAUGCCGGUUACCAAGCCAGUGACAGUCAGCAGGCCCAUUGUGGUCAGCAAGCCGGUGACGGUCAACAGGCCCAUUGCCAUCAGCAGACACACACCGCCCUGCAAAAUGGUGCUGCUGACCAAGUCUGAAAACAAAGCACCUCGUGCCACAGGGAGGAGCAGUGGUAAGAAAAGGGCUGCGGACAGCCUGGAUGCCUGCCCAAUUCCACCCAAGCAGGCCAGGCCAGAGAACGGGGAGUACGGCCCCUCCGCCUUGGGCCAGAGCUCGGCCUUCCAGCUGAGUGCAGACACCAGCAGCGGCUCCUUGUCGCCGGGCAGCAGGCCCUCAGGGGGCCCAGAGGCACUGAGAGCUGCGGGCCCUGCGUCCCCACCUGAGGAGGACCCUGAGCGCACAAAGCACAGAAGGAAACAGAAAACACCCAAGAAGUUUACAGGGGAGCAGCCAUCCAUCUCAGGGACCUUUGGGCUCAAAGGCCUGGUCAAAGCUGAGGACAAGGCCCGAGUUCACCGCUCCAAGAAGCAGGAGGGUCUGGGCCCUGAUGAUGUCCGGAAGAAGGUGCCAGCUGCCCCCAUCGCUAUCGGCAAGGAGGCACCAGCCCACGCAGCCCCAGGCGGCCCCGAGGAGCAGUGGCAGCGGGCCAUCCACGAGCGCGGGGAAGCCGUCUGCCCCACCUGCAACGUGGUCACCCGGAAGACUCUUGUGGGACUCAAAAAGCACAUGGAGGUGUGUCAGAAGCUGCAGGAUGCACUCAAGUGCCAGCACUGCCAGAAGCAGUUCAAGUCCAAGGCGGGCCUCAACUACCACACCAUGGCAGAGCACAGCGCCAAGCCCUCCGACACCGAGGCCUCUGAGGGGGGCGAGCAGGAGGAGCGCGAGCGGCUGCGCAAGGUGCUGAAGCAGAUGGGACGGCUGCGCUGCCCCCAGGAGGGUUGUGGGGCUGCCUUCUCCAGCCUCAUGGGCUACCAGUACCACCAGCGGCGCUGCGGGAAGCCGCCCUGUGAGGUGGACAGUCCCUCCUUCCCCUGCGCCCACUGCGGCAAGACAUACCGAUCCAAGGCCGGCCACGACUACCACGUGCGCUCGGAGCACACGGCCCCCCCCCCCGAGGAGCCCACGGACAAGUCCCCCGAGGCUGAGGACCUGCUGGGUGUGGAGCGGACCCCAAGUGGGCGUGUCCGCCGCACGUCGGCCCAGGUGGCCGUGUUCCACCUGCAGGAGAUAGCGGAGGACGAGCUGGCCCGCGACUGGACCAAGCGGCGCAUGAAGGACGACCUCGUACCUGAGACUGCGCGGCUCAACUACACUCGGCCGGGGCUCCCCACGCUGAACCCCCAGCUGCUAGAGGCGUGGAAGAAUGAAGUGAAGGAGAAAGGCCACGUCAACUGUCCCAACGAUUGCUGUGAAGCCAUCUACUCCAGCGUGUCCGGACUCAAGGCUCAUCUUGCCAGCUGCAGCAAGGGGGCCCACCUGGCGGGGAAGUACCACUGUCUGCUGUGUCCGAAGGAGUUCAGCUCUGAGAGUGGCGUCAAAUACCACAUUCUCAAGACCCACGCAGAGAACUGGUUCCGAACAUCAGCCGACCCACCUCCGAAACACCGGAGCCAGGACUCAUUGGUGCCCAAGAAGGAAAAGAAGAAAAAUCUGGCAGGUGGGAAGAAGCGGGGCCGAAAGCCGAAGGAACGGCCCCCAGAGGAGCCUGUGCCCAAGCUGCCCCUGCGCCGGGACGACUGGCCCCUGGGAUGCAGGGACAAGGGGGCCCGGGGCUCCACUGGCCGGAAGCUGGGAGCCAGCAAGGCGCCUGAAAAGUGAGCUUGGUGGGUGGGGCCUAGCCCCCAUGCAGCCGCCACGCCGCGCUCCGUCGGGGCAGGGCCAGCCCCAGGACCUCCGUCCUCCACUUUCUCUCCUCCACCCCUGCCUCUUCAUCCGUCCAGAGGGGGCAGCCAGCCACUCUCCCUUUCCUGAAGGUGGCCCUUCCCUGUUAAGGCUGCCACAGGGCACACCUGGGUUGGGGCUCUCCAAGGUGUGCCCAGGAGAAGUGCAAUAGCCGGGAGGGGGGCCCCUGCCGGUGGGAAUGUGUCUGGGGCCUUGGUGCCACGGGGGCUGCAGUGCAGAGCAGGCGGAUGGCCUUUGGCUCCCCUGCUCUGCUUCCUCAGGCCCUGCUGGGGCCACACCCUGGCUCCCCCAAGGCUCAGGCGUCCCUGGUAACCCGUGGUUCUGGGCUGGUGAGGGCACCUGAGCCACCCGGCAGCCAGCAGCCACCAUCCUGGCCUCACCCCCCCAACACUGGAACUCCAGCACCCCCAGCUACCUCCCAGGACAGACCCCCGUCUGACCACUGCCAUGCUGAGCUGACCAGCUCCUGCCCACCCUCAGCCACCCACUUGAUCCCCCUGCUUCUCUCUUCUACCUCUCCAGGCCUGGUCCCCUCCCCCUACCCCUGCGCCUUCUCUGUCACUGCAAUCCCUGCUGUGCUCAGGCCCUGUCCCACAGGCCUGUCUGUAGUGCUCCCAGCUUGGGGUAAGGGAGGGGUUUUGCUUCUGGCACCUACAAGGCAGCAGGAGCUUGAUGCCCUCUAACACAGCCACCAGCCCUGGGGGUGCUGCCCGUGGAGUGUGCUCUGCCUCCAGCGUUCAGCCUUUGGGCACUGCAGGCCUAGGUUGGAAUAGCUUCAUGGAGUAGGGAUGGACUAAUUUGGGCCCUGGGGUCUUCCCGGAGCCCUUGGGCUGUGGGGCGGGAAGCUGGGCAGAGCUGGCCUGGCUCUGAGUGGCCACUGGGGGAAGACAGCCUUCUGUUUGCCAGUCUGGGUAGGCCCAGUGGCCAAGCUCUCAUGGGAGCCCCCUCCCCACUUUUUUUUUUUUAACCUGCCCCAUUGUUUCUGGUUGUGUGGUCAUUUGAUAUGAGAACUGAAGGCCAGCCAGGGAGGGGCUUGGCCAAAGUCACAGCAGUUUGGUGGCAGCUCCAGAGGUGUCUUUGCCCCUUUGUGGCCCUGAGGGUGGCUGGGUCUAUAGGUUUGACAGGGGUCAGGCAGGGAGUCCGGGGUGCCUGGAAGAGGUGGCCACAGCCUCUGGCUCCUUCCCUGGGCCCUGCCUUCCAACCACAGCAUUGCAGGGAGGAUGAGGCUCAGAGGGGGCGGGUUUGGUGGGAGGCCAUUUUCCAGGGUGGGUGGGAGUGGGCUGAGGGCUCAUCCCCACUGACCGUGGAUGAUGUGAAUUUUGAUGUUUGCCCGUGUGCGUGUCUCCUGGGUGUAGUGGAUGCCAGUCUUGUUGCUGUGACAAGUAACAACCUUUUUUUUAAAUUGUUUUUUAUACAAAAACUCACAACAAUCUGA